UCAGUUUUGAAGCGAACUUAGCAGAAGGCAGUGUUCGCGUGCAGUGUGGAAAACAUUUUCUUCGUGAGCAUCGCGCGUGAGCGUAUAUUGGAGCACACUCGUGAUCCGCGAGUCGUGGUGAUUAAAUCGCGUGUUAAUUGGUGUUCUGGUACCGCGGAGGAUCCUGCGGAGGUCGCGGGAUUGAAGACGUGCGAGUACAUCGACGUGCAACGUGAACCACCCGAGUCCGUUCGGUUGUAUCGGAGAGGAAGUGUGAUUCGGCCCAACACCAACAACCAUGGCUGCGAUGUCCGUGAUCGGAAUCGACUUCGGUAACGAGAGCUGUUAUGUGGCCGUGGCUCGCGCCGGCGGCAUUGAGACCAUAGCGAACGACUACAGUCUUCGUAACACACCAUCAUGUGUGGCAUUCAGUGGAAAAAACCGAAUACUCGGAGUGGCUGCCAAGAAUCAAAUGGUGACCAAUCUAAAAAAUACCAUUCAUGGCUUUAAGCGACUCCUUGGCAGAAAAUACAAUGAUCCACAAGUGCAAAACGAGCUGCGGUAUCUUCCGUAUAAAGUAACUCCACAGGCUAAUGGAAGCAUGAAUAUACAUGUACAAUAUUUGGAGGAAGAGCACAUUUUUACACCGGAACAAAUCACCGCUAUGCUCUUCACAAAACUGAAAGACAUUUCUGAAACAGCGCUACAAACUGCUGUUAACGAUUGUGUCAUUUCUGUUCCUUCGUACUAUACUCAGGCUGAACGUCAAGCUCUGCUUGAUGCUGCUAGGAUCGCAGGCCUUAAUGUUCUAAGACUAUUUAAUGAACCUACUGCUACCGCUCUUUGUUAUGGUAUUUAUAAACAGGAUUUGCCAGCGGCAGAUGGGCCUCCCCGAAACAUUGUUUUCGUGGAUUGCGGCAACGCCAGCUUGCAAGUGAGCGUUUGUGCCUUUCAUAAAGGCAAACUUAAGAUGUUGGCGAGUGCUGCUGAUAGUCAAUUGGGUGGAAGAGACAUCGACUUGAUUUUGACAGAACACUUCUGCAACGACUUCAAAACACGGUACAACAUCGAUGUACACACUAAUCCGAGAGCGUACUUAAGAUUGUCAGCAGAAGUCGAGAAAUUGAAGAAACAAAUGUCGGCUAACUCGACCACCCUCCCCCUCAAUAUCGAGUGCUUUAUGGAUGAGAAGGAUGUGCACGGCGAUAUGAAGCGUAGCGACAUGGAAGCAAUGUGCGCCCACUUGUUUGAACGUGUUGAGAAAGUCCUUAGACAAUGCUUAAUUGAUUCCAAAUUAAAGCUCGAGGAGAUUCAUUCAGUCGAGAUAACGGGAGGAUCGAGCCGUGUGCCUGCUAUUAAACGUUUAAUAGAGGAAGUCUUUGGUCGACCGAUAUCGACGACUCUUAACCAAGACGAAGCGGUAUCUCGCGGUUGCGCAUUGCAGUGCGCUAUGCUCAGCCCUGCUGUGCGUGUUCGUGACUUUUCUGUCACAGAUAUACAGCCAUAUCCCUUGAAACUAACAUGGGACGCAACUCAAGGCGAAGAAGGCGAAAUGGAAGUAUUCGGGCACAAUCAUCCUGUGCCGUUCUCGAAGAUGUUGACGUUUUAUCGUUUGAGUCCAUUUACACUUACUGCAAGUUACGGUGUACAACCUCCGUGUUAUCCUCAAACACAUAUCGGUACGUUCACGAUAAAGAACGUAAAGGCUACGCCGGAAGGUGAGUCGGCAAAAGUCAAAGUGAAGGUAAGAGUGAAUCUGAAUGGUAUUUUGACUGUCGCGUCGGCGUCGCUUAUCGAGAAACGUGAGCCUACCCAGCAAGAAAAGGAAGAAGAGGAGGCGCAGCAGCAGCAGCAGCAGCAACAGAACAACAUGGACACGGAUUCGCAAGCGGCGGAUAAAAAGGACAAGCCUGAUCAGGAAGCACAGGCGAACGAGCCGCCAGCUCCAGAGGGAGAUGAUAAGGGCGACGAUAAAGGCAAGAAGAAGAUCCCCAUUCGUACAGUCGAGUUACCUAUCGAAGCUAGCGUUUGCGGAUUAUCUCAACAAGAUCUCGACAAUGCGGUGGAAAAAGAGGGCAAAAUGAUCGCCGAGGACAGGCAGGAAAAGGAGAGAAUUGAUGCGCGUAAUGCUCUUGAAGAAUAUGUUUACGACCUACGUGCUAAACUGUCUGAAGAGGAUCAAUUAGCUACAUUCAUCGCGGAAACGGAUAAGGAAGCAUUAUGCCGUACAUUAGAGGACACUGAAAAUUGGCUUUACGAGGAGGGUGAAGAUUGUCAACGACAGAUUUAUUCCGAGCGCUUGACGCGUUUGAAGUCUCAAGGAGAACCAAUAAAGGAAAGGAGAUUAGAAUUUGAAGGACGAUCGCAUGCAUUAGAAGAAUUAGCAGGAGCAUUACAACUGGCUAGGAAAGGUCUGGAUCAAAUAAAAGCGUCGAGCGGAAAAGACGAUAAAUAUUCUCAUCUAACUGAGGAAGAAGUGAAGACAGUUGAAAAAACGGUGCAAGACAAAUGGACGUGGUUAGAGGAGAAACGUAUGCUACUUGCGAGUACACUCCGUACGCAGCAACCACCAGUCACAGUGGCGCAAAUUCGGACCGAGAAACAAUCAUUGGACAGUGUGGUAUUGCCGAUUCUUAACAAGCCUAAGCCUAAAGUAGAACCACCAAAGGAGGACAAACCAAAAGACAAGCCUGCUGACGAACAGAAAAGUAGUCAGAAUCAAAAUGCCCAAGCGAAUCAUAGUCAACCUAAUCAGCAACAGCAACACGCGGAAGAGGAAAAGAUGGACGUUGAGUAACGGUCAUUGCAAAUUAUGUGUUUUUAAUAAUAUUAAAUCUACCAUGAUUGAAAUAGCGAAUAUUUCAUUUGGGUAAACUAUGUUUAUUGUGUCGCAAAAGCGCCUGAUCUGUCUUGAAUUUGCACCCAGAAUUGUCUUUCCGUCUCCUCUUUUUCUUUUUUUUUUUAUUUUUCUUCCUCUGUAACGUCUAUCGAUGUGCUCAAAUAAUGUAUUUAGUAGCAUUUGUAUAGUAUUACAAAUGUAAGUGCAUCGAAACUUGAAGAACGAAGUCAAAUCUUUGUAAAAAGUAUUUUGUUUUAAAACAAUUUGUCGACAUUCAUGAUGUAUAUGUACAAUAUCGUAAAUUAUAUAUUUCAAUUGUUAACAAACUGUUCUCAAACAAAGCAUUUUACAAAAAUUUGAAGUCAGUCAUGGUAGUAUACAUGCUAUUAAAUAGAUUGAUUCAUCAUAUUAAAUAGAUAUUACAGGCGAAGUUAAAU